AUGCGGUUUUCGAAGAACGAAAUAAAAGGUUUGAUGUGGCAGAGAUUUGGAGUGAGUAGUAUUGUGAGUAACGGAGAUGAGGAUAUUAUUUCGCUCAAGAAUUAUAUGAACGUGCAAUACUUCGGGGAGAUUGGCAUUGGUACUCCUCCGCAGAAGUUCACUGUGAUCUUUGAUACCGGUAAAUCUGCAGGCAUCCAUUAUGGAACAGGAGUAAUAUCAGGUUUUUUUAGUGAAGAUCAUGUUACAAUCGGUGAUCUAAUUGUUAAAGAUCAGGUUGCUAUUGAAGGUUCGGUCAUUAACCGCUUCUAUAGGUACCCAUCAGAAUCGGCUCUUAGUCAUGAACCACCGGUCAGCUUUACCGCUUCUGUUGGCUUUAGCGUCGCCAACAUUCACAACGUGCUUGAAGCUAUGUAUGGAUCCUUCUGGCAAUCUUCAGAACCAGCGCUGCGCCGAGCCGGAGAGCGUGGCUUGCACGAGCAUGCCGAGUUCUUCCUGGGUGAGCGCCACGGUGUGAAGUCGUCCAGUGUCCUCCAUCUCCUCAGCUCGGAUGCAGGUUACGUUCCCACAGACGGCGCCAAAUAUAAUCCUAUCCGAAAGUCGAGGCGACGGAUACUGGGGAUGUGGCGCUCCUGUUGA